AUGGAGUCAGAAGAUCUUUCAAAGGAGCGAUUUGUGCGAGUGCACAGCUACCUCGAGGAACGGGCAGCGCAAGUAGCUGAUCUUCUACAGGUGGUAGACAACUCCAAUCUUGUUUCGGGUGAAGUGACCAAAGGUCCAAGAACAGCUGCACAGAGACUUCCACGUCAUAUGAGAAGGUGGGUUUUCGGUUUUCUGCCUAAGACUUUUGUUAUGUUUACGAGUGAUAUUUCCAGGCGCGCUAUGGCUUACGAAGUUCGUCGUUUUCCGAAAGGUUUGCGCAACUUCGCUGCUCCAUUCUUAGCCACUUCGAAGCAUCGCAAGAAACCUCCAAGCAGGUUCUUUCGCAGGAGAUCUAGAAAUUUAUUGUUGAAUUACAUCAGAAGACAGCGUAGGAUGGUUUGGCUUGAAACACACAUCUGGCAUGCGAAACGAUUUCAUGUCAUUGAUAGGUUUGCCAACUUGAGUAUCUGGAGAUAG